UUAUGAUCAUAUUACACGUGUGAACUCCUCUUUCAAAAAUAAAAACAAGAAACUUUUUUGAUUUUUUAAGUGUUGGGGGAUUUUUAUUUUGUUAAUGAGAUACAACAGAACCGGCCACCCCUCACAAUGUAAAUUCGCUCCCAACCUUUCACUUCAUCGCAUCGCCCGUGUAGAAAACUCUUUCGUUCGUCGCCGUUGGCUUAAGAAACAAUCCGGUUUUGAGCGAAUCUUUCUUUGAGCUAUGGAUCUCUUCAUGAAACAUUACCCUUAUGGUUCGCAUAAGGAUGUCAUGGAGCUUCUAAAUCGUCACCCCAAUACUACAGGACGAGAUAUGGAGAAGCUUUUCAUCGAUUGCGGCCCAGAUUUGGCGAGGUCACUCCGCCUCCCUAACCCUAACAUCCUCGGAUUCGUGGAAACAUCUAUUCGUGGUAUCAGUAUCUCACGAGAAACCGAAAAACAAAAAGGCAGAGAACACGUUAUAGCUGGGCCUUUACUUCAUGUGCAUUCACUACAUGUACAACCCAAGGAAGCUCUAAAAGGUAGACCGCUUCUUGUAUGUGGUAUGAUUCGGGUUAAGUAUCAAAAUAUCAUUACUGGAAAAGAGGUGCAUCUUGAUGUUUACAGACAAAGUGCCGAAGAGGCUGAUUACAUAAGCCCAAGUGGUGGUAAUUUAGUUCUCUUUAGGCCUGAUAUUUUCCCUGAUUGGAUUACUGGCUAUCAAGAUUUCUGGAUGGAAUUGCAAGGAACAAGUAUAGAAGUUGAUCUCUAUCUCAAAAUUGGGGAAUCGACCCAUUCGUUUGCUCGAGAAAAGUUUUUGGUGGGGAGUACAACUCAAGGCGAUGUUGAAGAAUUAAGAUCAAAAGAAUUCCAGCAUACACUUUGCUCUGCUACCUUGAGUUAUAUUAAAAUGCCAUUUGCUGCCCUUUGCAAAGUGGAUGUUCGAUUCUCUAGCAAAAACAAGGACCUAGUUGUUAAUGUUUCUGGAAAAAUUGUUAUGCGGUAUAGGAACAUCUGUGGAAACUAUAAUUCAGAACCGUGUGUUCUUUUUGAGAAGGAGAAUGGCUUUGUAUCAGUUAAAAUGGAGGAACUCCUGCCAAGAAAAUUGUUGGGGGUGCCUGCAUAUUCAUCACUUGAAGUUGAGCUUGACUUGAUGGACGUCAACACAAGCAAGCCUAUUAAAGAAAAAAUAACUAUGUUGAAUGAGGAUGGUCCACAUGCAGGUGAUUGUGUAGUGGAUGUGGAUGGUGAUUUUGCGAUUAUUCUGUAUGUAGCAUUGAUUCCGCAUGUACAGAGGCUAAGUGUGCACAAAAACGAGUCUGAUGAUGGAUGGUCAUUAUCCAACAAUGCCAACCCUAGGACUUAAGAGUGUAAUUGUAAGACACUCCAAAUUGCAGAGCAUUCAUUUGUAUUAUUUAUUUUCCCUCUUUGAUUUAGGAAUUAAUUGAAAAUGAGAGAUUCAUAAUGGACAUCCAAAAAGAAAAAAUAGGGAGACCACAAAGUAGUAAUGCUCCAAGUCUUUGCAAAUUCUAUAGCAUUCAUUGUGUUUACACCGUGCUUCGUACGGGCUCGUAUAUAUUCUAAACUUUUGAGAUUCUAUAAAUAUAAUUUUAGUUGUUUU